AAAGUCCAAGAAGAAAUUGCACGGGUGAUUGGGUCUGCUCAGCCAAGGACAGAACACCGUGCAAAAAUGCCAUACACGGAUGCAGUAAUGCAUGAAAUUCAGAGGUUUGCUAACAUUGUCCCUACAAACAUACCACACGCAACCACUAUGGAUGUCACUUUUAAAGGCUACUUCAUUCCCAAGGAAACUUAUGUCCUCCCAUUACUGUGCUCUGUGCUGCAAGAUGAAACUCAGUGGGAGAAACCGCAUCAGUUCUAUCCUGAGCACUUUCUGGACUCUGACGGAAAGUUUGUGAAGAGAGAUGCAUUCAUGCCUUUCUCUGCAGGUCGGAGAAUGUGUGCAGGGGAAACCCUGGCCAAAAUGGAGCUCUUCUUGUUCUUUACAAGUCUCCUCCAGAAAUUCACUUUCCAGCGUGCCCCUGGAACAUCUAAAGAAGACCUGGACUUUACACCACUGGUUGGGUUUACGACGCCUCCAGCACCUUACAAGUGCUGUGCUCUGCCACGUUCUUAAGAUUUAACUCUCUGUCUUGCUUAGCUCCCAUGUGUGCAUCCUUAGUCUUUUCUGCAGCUUCUUGCCUGCUGAAGACCUUUCAUAGCAACGGCUUCAGAGGAAUCAGCUCACGGGGUUAGAUCCAGCCAGUUUUUUUUCACAGAU